AUGGCGAGCGUGGAUGGCGAUGAAGGCCUGGGGGACAACGGACUAUCCGAUCCUUUAGCUUUCAACAUGUGCCUGUUCUGCACACUGUGCUCGGAUCAUGCAAGGGAUCAGCACUCGUGGAAACUUCGCUUCUCGGAGCUCAUGGAAUGGAAGCAAAUGCACGGGACCUGCGAGGUGCCAGUGAUCGUCAACAGCGGCAUCGAGCGAAGACUUUCGCGCUGGAUCCGCAUCCAGAGGAAUUUGAACACUAAAGGAACUUUGCACCCCGCCCGCAGACGGAUGCUGGAUUCAAUCGGGUUCAAGUGGCGACUACGCAGGCAUGGGGCAGGGAGGAGACCUAGAAACGAAACGGACCCUGGGGCAACCCUCAGAAGAUUCAAAUCAGAAUCGGCGUUUCUCGAACGUUUGCAACCAGCGAUGAUGCAUGGAGGAUCGUUCAGCAAAAGCUUCAAUGAAACGAUCGAGUCGGUCAGAUCGCCCUUCAGCAUCAGGUCCUCCCUGGGACAGAGCAGUUCCAACAGCGAGAUGAAGCCGGAUUCUGCGCAGUCAGAGCGCGCUACUUGGCUGCAGCGUUAUGCCGAGCUGAAGGAGUGGCGAGACACAUUCGGGCAUUGCAACGUGUACUCACAGCCGUACAAGUCGAGGGUGGUGGGAGAGCUCGGAAGAUGGGUGACCACCCAACGGACCUUCCACCGGCUCGGGAUCCUCAGUGACACGCGACGGAGACUCCUCGAUGCCCUCGGGUUCACCUGGGACUUGCACACGACUUCUUGGGAAGAGUACUUCAACCUUUUCCUCCUCUUCCGCAUCGUGCAUGGACAUUCUAACGUGCCUUAUCGCUUCCGCAAUGGGUCUGAUUUCUCGCUUCCGAAAGAAAUUCAUCGAGUCCCGAGGGUCUCAAAAGGAAUUCUCAUCCCCAACCUUGGAGCCUGGGUCAACAAUCAGCGAGCCUUGUAUCGCAAUGGGAAGCUGUCGGCUGAGAGGAUCAAAAGGCUCGAGAACAUGGGGUUCGUAUUCGAGAUUGGGUUCGGAAGUUGGAACGUCUGGUUCAACCGACUCCUUCUUUAUAAGAUGCAGCAUGGCACUGUGGAGAUGACGUUUGCGGACAAGAGCUCGCCAGAGGACAGGUCCCUUAUGAGCUGGGUCACAGUCCAGAGGAGCAACUUCCACAGCAGCUCUCUCUCUCAAAAGAGGCGGCAAUUCCUUGAGAGCAUCGGGUUGCGUGCGAGGCCAAGGAGGCAGUUUGCUGGGGAGCAUCGCAAUUUUCAAGAUUCUCAGUAUGAACACUUUAACAUGAUGGGGGACAAGGAAUCUGUGUGGAUUCUGCAUUCGUGCAACAACACCAUCAGGCUCGGAUGA